UUUUCAAAUUCAAAGCUUUCUUCCAAAAAACGAAAAGAUAAAUCGCAAACAACAAAAUAAAUAAACAAUAAAAGAUGUUUUCAAGUGCAGAAUUUGUUGAAGAAUGGAACCAGAUAUUUUCUUUUAAAAUUAAAGAAACCGAUUUGGCAAAACCCACAGAGACUUUUGUUUUUAAUGCUCUUAUAAAUUAUUUAAAAAUGUUUAAUUUUGAUACAACGCCAAUGAUUCAAAUGAAACAAUGUGAAAAUGCAACUGAAAAGCGAGCUUUCCUAGUUCGCUUCUGUAAUUAUAUCGAUCACAUUUACAAAAUCUCGGAUAAAUCUCAUUGUUUCUUGAUUUAUGACUUGAAGCAUCCUUCUCCAAAGAAAACUGUCCAUAUGCUAAAUCACUUGUUGAACUAUUUUUUCUACUAUAAUAUGUUCAAGGAAUCAGUUGUUCCGCUGGCCAAUGGAAAAAUCCGCCAGAGGCAGAAGCUUAUCGAUGAAAUAAAAAAAUAUAAAUUUGAACAUGAACAGAUUGCAAUCAGGGCAAAGAACAUCGAAAAGCACAUCAAUAACUUGCGACCACUUGCCCCAGAGACAAUGGCUCAGCUCAAUAAAAUAAUUGACCAAGAAGCCACUCAAAAAGAAUCCAUAAAUUAUCUGGAGGAGCAAUUGAAUGAAUGCAACAGUGUAUUAGAAUCACUACGCAAAGAAGAGGCACGUCUCGGCAUGGAUAUAGUCUCAGCAGAAGAAGUAGAUCGUUUGGAAUCGAACAUGAGUGCCCUUGAAAAUGCAAUUGAUGAACAGUUAAAUAUUGAGCGGACCACUUUCAAAAAGAAUCAAGAACGUUCUGUUUCUAUGGCAAAUUUGCAGCACGUCACGUCUAGGAUCGAUAGCGCAAUGGAAAUAAAUCCGUCUUCAUUCCUACAAUCUUACAAAGAUUGCGUUAACAAACACAAAGAAUUAGAUUCUAUGUUCACUGAAAUCAGUGAGAGGAAAGAAACUUUUAAAACAAUCAACGAAAAAUUAACUGAAGAUUUGAAUAAAAUGGAAAAAAAUUGCGUAAUCAAGAACGCUCUAUUAUCGAAUACUAAGUUGUCUGGUGAAAAACAAAUCAAAGAAAUGAAAAUGUUGGCUGAGUCAAAUGAAACUUCUAUAUCUGAUUUGGAGCAUGAGAUGCAUAGUAUGGAAAAACAAUUAGCUGAUGAAAAGAAUGUUACUGAAUAUAUAUUGGAAACAACAACAUUGAUUAUCCGGGCCACAGUUAACAAUUGUUAUGAAAAUUAAAUUAUAAACAAAUCGUUUUAAGUAUGCAGUUACCUAUUUAUA